AUGCUUGCCAACACCGAGGAUGAGCAGCGCCAUUGGUAUCUAGACCUUGAACAGCAGGCAACAGCUGUGUUUUCUGGAGACUCGACUUUCGUCAUCGAUUUGGACGAUAGUACCCUCGCGUCAACCUGCAAAACCUCGGUUAUCACUUUGCUGAAAGAUCUCAUUCACCAAAGUGUGGGGCAUGCCACCAUCGCCCGGCUUGCUUUCUCAGAAGAGGCAGGUACUGUUAUCAGGCCAGAUUUCCUCUCAUACAGGCUUCAAGGCUACGAAGAAAUCUGUCUCUUAAUGAGUUUUCUUGGCCCUAUGUCUCGUGUGGAAGCGGCAGCUCCAGCUCAAGCAAAGAAUGUCAAGACGGGCAACGAUUUUCUCUCUCUAUUAGAGACUGCAGUUGGCGGUGUUAUCGCUCGGGCAAUAUCUCCUGAAGACGCCACCCAAGCUCUCCGCACUCGUUUGGACGACGAGUUGACCAAACGUCUCUCCAUUCCAUGGACCGUUCCCCAAACACUUACUCGAAAACGCGUGUUCUGGGUUCAAGGCCGCGCCAAUAUCGAGGCAAGUCAACAGUUCUACAAAGCGGCACAGGCUCUAGGCAUCGCGCUUGUUGUACUCGACGAGCCUGGCCACUGGCUAGAGGAUGACAGCGGUCCUUACGCUCACUAUCGCGAGGCGUUUAUUCCUGUCAGCAUCGCGGGAGAUGAUGGUCUCACUCAGCGCGUCGUAGAUGCCGUGCGUGCAUACCAAUAUCCUGUUGAUGGUAUUGUGUGCAUUAGCGAUGUGAGACUGCCGCUGGUUGCAAAGGCCUGUGAGAUCUUGGGACUUCCUACUUCACUCUCUGCGGCAUACGCAAGAGCUGGUAACAAAGGUGCCUCAAGAGAGAUUGAGUCUGCUGCAAUAGGGGAUGAAGACGGGUUCGUCAUCCAGUCGGUGCAGGAUCUUGACGAGACAUUGGCGCAAAAGGGCAGCAAGCUGAGUUACCCGCUCAUCGUGAAGCCUUGUACCGGUUGGAACAGUGAUUGCGUAAUCAAAGUGCGCAACGAGGAGGAACUGCGUGCCGGCGUGCUUCGUGCGUCAGAGAGACACGCAGCUUCGGCAGCAAGAAGCACCGGUGUGGUGGUCGAGCCGUACGUCGAUGGGCCUGAAGUAGAUGCCAACUUCAUUGUGCUAAAUGGAGAGGUGCUCUUCUGCGAUAUUACCGACGACUUCCCUUGCUCGGGUGACCUUCCAGGAACAGAGAGAAACAACGCAGCCAACUUCAUGGAGACUCUCAUGGACGUGCCGUCUGCACUACCGAACGAGGAGAAGACCAUGAUGCGGAACUCUCUUGCUAGAAGCAUUUCGCGGUUCGGUUUCCAGUCUGGCGUCUUUCAUUGCGAGGCUAGAGUGCGUGGAUCUCGCGCUUACUAUGAUCUCGAUGCUACCGACGGAAUUCUCGACUUGCAUAUUCGGGAAACGGCCCAAGCUGAAGCUCCAUCUUGCUUCCUGCACGAGAUCAACGCCCGCCCGCCGGGGUACAUAAAUUGUGUGGCGGCCUUGCUUGCCCACGGCGUCGACUACUACGCCGUACGGUUGCUUCUCAGUCUUGGAUCCAAAGAAGACGCUCGCGUACGAGCUCUUUCACAGCCUUUUCUCCACGGAAAACCACAAUACGUACUGGGAAUCUCUGUUCUGGCUCCUACACGUUCAGGUAUCAUGGGGUCAGAUGAUGCCGUUCAAGACUUCCUUGAAGCGAACCCUGAUCUCACGCGCCACGUUGUCCAUUUCCAGACGGUCAAGGAAAAGGGUGAUGUAGUACAGGGACCGGACUCGAGUGAAUUAUGGUGCGUCGGGUAUGUCAUCGUUGCCAGCAAACAGGGGCGUAGGGACUGCCUCAAGCUGGAUCGGGAGGUCAGAAGGCGAUUCGAUUACAACCUAGUAGAUGAUUAG